AUGAUUAAAAUAUUAUUGAAUAGAACGACUACAGUGAAAUAUAUUGCUUUUAAUAGUAGCCAUGAGAAGAGACAUGAUGAAUGCAUAGAUAUAAAUAUUAAAUAUACAAAUGAAAUUAAGGAACAAGUUGAAAUUUUUGAAAGAAAUAUUUAUACAGAUUAUUGCAAUGAAUGGGAACAAUUAUGUAAAGUUAUAAAAGAGCUAAAAGAACAGAUAAAAGAAUGCCUUAGUAAAGGACAUAUAAAAUUUCAAAUAAAUGAAGAACAAAAAAUAAAUAAAUUUACUGUAAAAUAUGCUGAUAAAUCCGAUUAUGUUUUAAAAACAAGGUCUCUUGAAGAAAAUGGCACUAAAUUAACAUCAAACACAAUAAAUCCUCGAGCUAAUAAAAAGGAACUGUUUGAUAAUAAGUCUGAGUCAGGUAAAAAGGAAAAUAUUUUACAAUAUCAAAAAGAUGUAAAAUCUCCUUCUAGAUCAUUUGAUACAGAGGUUACAGAUAAUGGAUCAUUAGAUAAUAGUGUGUCUAAUGCACAUGUACAGCUAAGUUCUUCUUCAGAAACUAGAACUGACGCAGAUGAUUCAACAAGUAAAACAUUAGACACCCAUGCAAGUGAAGUUCCUUCACAUUCAACCUCUACUGAAGAAUCUGUAUCGCAGUCUAAAUUGAAAAGUACUAGUGACAUUCUUGUUCUUAUGACCCAUGAUAAUGCCGAUUCUAUGAGUGUAAACCCAGAGAGUUCAGUCACACGUCAUAUAGGUACAGAUGAUUCAAGCGAUAGAAGUUUAUCCCAAAGAGAUUCAACAAAUAAUCACAGAGAUACUGAGAAUUUAAAUAAUAGUCAAGAACCUACUCACGAUACACCUACUGUUGCAUCAUCAGCUGUUUUAGAAUCGAAUACUGUUUCCAUUAAUCGUAUAUAUACGCCCAAUGGAUCUAUGGAUAAUAUAAGCCACGGUACAGUUACCGUUACUGAGGGAUCAGCUAAUACUGAACUUCAUAAUGUUGCAGUCAUACUUAAUGAAAAUGGCGAAGAAACAUCAAUUAGAACAUAUAUCAUAUUUAUUUUAUUGCCUGUGCUCAUUCUUUUGAUAUUUAUACUCCUUAUUAAAUUCACUCAUUUGAGAAAGCUUUUUACUAAAAAAAAAAGGAAGAAACAAAAAAAGAUGAAUGAAAAAAUACAUGGGGUACUAUUAGGACCAUCUGUUGAUAGGGAUAAACAUAUCCAAUUUACAUAUAGCUAUUUUGAAUAUUAA